AAAGAAGAGAAGAAGAAGAUCAAGAUCGAAGUAAUGGGGAAGAUAUUGGCAAUGAAAAUUCUAGGGAUUUCAGCCCCCAAUUUGUGGAAUGGGACUAGAGAUUGCUUGGGAAAGUUCUAAGGAUUGGGUGGGCUAUUGCUGCACGAGGAAGAAGAAGAAGAUCUUGCACAGUCGGUCAUUGAGCAGAGAACAAGAAGGUCUUGCACAGAGAGAGGUCGGCUACUCGGCGAAGAAGAAUAAGCAGAUCUUGCAUGGAGAAAGGCCGGCUAUUGGGCGGAGAACGAAAAGAAAUUGCACGGAGAGAGGCCAACUGUUGGGCAGAGAAGUUGUAGGGAUGGGGUGGGCUGUUGUUGGGUGGAGAAGAAGACCCUACACAGGAAAAAAGCAGACUGAAAAUUCUAGGGAUUUCGCCCCUGAAUUGUGGAGGAGUGGGAAGGAAGAGGAGAGAUGGGAGAAAAAGGAGACAUGUGGGAUUACAACAUGGCACGUCCGAGAAUGCAUUUUAUUGUCUAGUUGGCAUGCAACGUAUUGAAGGGUAAUGGAUUAUAACGUGUGUAAUGUUAGACUUAACGGAUGGUUAGGAUUCCAUCCAAUUGGGUCCUUAUUUGAGAGUUUGCAUUAGCUUAAGACCUUGAUUGAGCAUAAUAAAUGUUAAGGAUCUCA